UUGUGCCCCGCCACUCGGCCGUGUUUCACUUCGACAGUUGCGCGCCACACGGACUAAGCUACGCUCGUCACCAGCGAAUGAAAAUGUGUGUCUUGUUCACUGUGUAACAUUGCUGUGUUUGUGUACUUGUUAAAAUUCGAGAGGAACAAAACAUUUAUUUGCCCCAGAGAGGUUAACAGAGGAUGAUGGCUCCUGAAACUGUAGUGACCGUAGAUCACAACAAGCCAAACGCGCCGCCGCCGCAGCAGCAGCAGCAAGGUGGCGCUUUAGAAUGGAUCAAAAUCAACAUAGAUUAUUUCAAAACGCCACCUGGUAUACUGAAAGUCAUAGAAUUGAUUUUGGGCAUUCUUUGUAUGGCGUUGGGGUCGCCCUUUUACUCGACAUGGUUCGUAUUCGUGGCGGUCACUUGCUUCAUCACUACUCUCAUGUGGAGCUUCGUCUACUUCCUCAGCAUCAGAGAAGCUCUCAAACUUCCCAUUAACUGGUUGUUAUCUGAGUUAAUUAGCGUCGGCAUCCAAACAGUGAUGUACUUCAUCGCCUUCAUAGUGCUAUUUGCAGCGACGGGCCACUACAUUGGUCCAUCUUAUGGAAGUAAUGUUGCAGCUGCUGUGUUCGGUAUUUUCAACACGGUGGCGUAUGCGGCUAGCGCUUUCCUGUUAUUCAAAGAACACAAAAGCAGCGUGAGCGCAGCGGCGUGAAGUCUACCUGAGGCGAGCGGUACGGCGGCGAGGGGCGGCCAGUAGCCACACCAUCAACAUCUUUUCUUCUUAAUACUACUUUUGGCUAAGAACAUAAAAAGCGAUAACCUUACACCGUCGUUAUUGCAAUUUAUACGUUUAUUAGAUACUUACAUAUUAAUGCGGCACUUAUUGAUUUUAUUUUUAAUUAUUAAUUUUUAGGAUUUUACGAAAUUGACUUAUAAUGAAGGCCAUAGAAUUUACAUUUAAGAAUACAUGAAUAAAUAGUUAGGUACCUACCUAAAAAUGUUGUCUUAUAUUUAAUUGUUCAAGUUGUAUUCACAAUAUGCACAAAAAGAUUUUUAUUAUAAUAAGCUUUAAGAGGGUAUAUCUAUGGUUUAUGAAGGAAAUGUAAGAGCUUUUUUAAGAAAUAUGAACAAAUAUCAUUAUAUUUCAGAUUGAACAAUGUACAUAAUAUUGGUAUAUAAACAUUUGAAAUUUAUACUGUUUAAUUAUCAAAAGUCGAAAUCUUAUCUACCUAUACUUUGAUGAAUAAUUUGUAUUACACCUGUAUGGUUGUGAAAUGCCUAGAAAUAGUUGUAUGACAAGUUUGGUAACAUAACUGGUACCUAUUUAAUCUAAUACUUAAUUCUACUAGGAAUGUUUGAUUUGUUCAUAAAAACCCACAUACCUACGCAGAAUAAUUAUGUAGAUACCGACGUAUUCUUUUUUGUCUCAUAUAAAAAACUGGAUCUAUAUAUGCUGAUUCAGCUUUAGGUUCAAUGAGAUUUAAUUAUAAUUGGUUGUGAAAUGCAUCUUUCAGCUAAAGACACAAUUUCAUUAUUGGCGAUGUUCUGAUAAACAUUUAUGAAUUUUAAUGUGAAACAGUACCUUACCUAGUUAUACAAAUGAAGAGGUGCCUUAUUAAAAUGUCUCAAAAGAAGUGUUUUUAAUUCCAGAUUCCCUGUAACGAGGGAAUGAUGUCAGUAAACUAUCCUUGUUAAGAACUGAAAUGUUUAAGUUAUGUUAAACGCGUUUUUUGUGUCUUUUGUUACGAGAAUAUAUUUUGAAAUUCAAAUUUGAUUUACGAAUUUAUCUUAGCUGAAUUCCCGCUUUUUUAUGAUUUGGCUGCAUGUAUUUACACAUAAUAUUUUAACUGACUCUCGUAACAAAUUUGUCACAAAACUAGAAAUAAUGUUUUCAUUGUAUAGUUAAUUAUUUAACUAAUCUUGUAUAAAGAUAAUAAUAAAUAUAUUUAAACGUACCAAAUUA